CCCUUCGACAAGUAAGAAGACAGGUGAGCCGUUCACUACCACUGCGCCUAAGAAAAGGAAAACCGUCAUCAACCCAAUCACCCCCGUCAUGAAGGCGGCGACGGCUGAGCUUUUCGGCAGCGAGAGUGAUGAAGAAGAAGGGUGCUCGACAGGUUCAACAAAGGCGACAUCCUGUGUAGCCAAUGCGGUCAAGUGUGACAUGUGCAACAUCGAAAUUCCUCAAAAGAAAUAUCAUUAUCAUAUGAGAACGAAUGUACACAAAGAGAAUUGUUUAUUAAAAACUGAAUUCAAAAAUAUUGACAUUAUUAAGACUGCAUUUAAGAACAGAAUUGUGACUUACCGCAUAAAUCCUGCACAGGAAGUCGAGUACCUCACACCCGAGGCGUUCCUGUACAGUUAUAAAAAUGAUGUUUCGAAUGUUAUCCAUUUAUCAAUACUGAAACACACAUGUCUGAAGUUAAAUUUUGAACUGUUUGCUUAUUUUGAGUUACCACGGUCAAGUACGCAACAGUUAAAAUCUUUUAAUACAAAGUUUGAUUGCGUUUUUAACAACACUAAUAUUAAUGAGUUGUAUAUGAAUGCUAUAGAAACAUUUAAACAAAAACUUUCAGAAUUUGAACACUGUGAAUCUGGUUGGUCUCUGGUUUCAAUAAGUCAUUUAGAAUUGAAUAUAAACAAAUAUUGUCCUAUGAGAGGUGGUACGUUCAUAGAGCUGCCAUCAUUUCUCAAGAAUAGUAAAAGUUGCAUAAAUAUACAGAAUAAAGAUGAGUACUGUUUUCUAUGGAGUAUAGUAGCUGCAUUAUUUCCCGCCAAAAGUAAUGUAUGCAAAACAAGUUCAUAUCCUCACCAUUCAACUGUCUUUAAAACAGACGGUAUGACUUUCCCUCCGUCGUGUAAAGAUAUACAAUUGUUUGAAGCUAAUAAUAACAUCAGUAUCAACAUUUAUGGAUUAAGUUCAAGCAGUUUAGUAACUGGUCCAUUAUAUUUAUCUAAAAAUCGAAAGAACAAUCAUGUAAAUUUAUUAUACUUUGAAAAAGGAGUCAAAGGUCAUUACUGCCUUAUUAAAGAUCUUGUACGAUUAGUAAAACGUCAGAUUAGUAAAUUUAAAGGGAAUCUAUAUAUGUAUCCAGCCUAUUACGUAACAUCACCGAGCUUGAGUUGGGAUGCUAUGCUGCUUUCGACAGGCAUUGAACUAGAUUUGAUAGAUGAUUUGGAAAUGUAUCAAAUGUUAGAAAAAGGAAUACGCGGAGGAUUGGUUCAGUGUUCAUUACGACACGCUAAAGCCAAUAAUAAAUACUUACCAGAAUUUGAUGAUUUCAAUCCGUCAUCUUAUUUGAUAUAUUUAGAUUGUAACAAUCUGUACGGACAUGCAAUGACUAAAAGUUUGCCUUAUUCUGAAUUUAAAUUUUUAAAUAAAUAUGAAAUUGAAACGUUUAAUAUUUUGACAGUACCUGAAAAUGGAGACACUGGGUUUAUUUUGGAAGUGGAUCUAGAGUAUCCUGAGAACUUACAUAAUUUGCACAGUGAUUUGCCAUUCGCUCCGGAGAAAUUUAUUCCCCCGGGAGGAAAGUCUCCGAAAUUGAUUGCGAGUUUAUAUGAUAAAUAUAACUACGUUGUUCAUUUCAUUCACUUGAAAGAAAUGUUGAGAAAUGGUUUAAUUUUAAGAAAUAUUCACCGUAUACUGAGCUUUAAACAGUCAAAUUUUUUACAGAAAUACAUAGAUUUGAAUACAAAUCUGCGGCAAUCCGCUGUGUCCGUUUUCGAAAAAGACUUUUUUAAACUCAUGAAUAAUGCAAUUUUCGGUAAAACUAUUGAAAAUAGACGCAAACAAGUAAGUGUUAAAUUGAUCACAACUUGGAAAGAUGAAUAUAAUUUAACAAAAAAGCGACUUGAUGCUGAAACACUUAUUUCUCGCCCAAAUCUAAAAAAUAUUUCAGUGUUCUCAGAAAAUUUUCUAGCUGCUCAAUUUACUCCAGAAAAGAUUGUGCUCGACAGACCUAUCUACAUUGGGUUUUCAGUUUUAGAAUACGCAAAACAGCAUCUAUACAAGUUUCAUUACGAUUUUAUUAAAAAGAUAUAUAAUCAGAAUGCAAAACUUUGUUAUACAGAUACUGAUAGCCUCCUAUACUUGAUAUUCACAGAGGACGUUUACAGAGAUAUCAAAAAUAAUUUGUCGGAAUUUGAUACUAGUAACUUUGAUUUAAAUAAUCCAUACUGCAUAGAAAGGGUGAAUGCAAAAAUCCCCGGCUUAUUUAAAGACGAACUUGGGGGUGAUGUGAUUAGAGAAUUUGUAGGUCUUAGAGCAAAACUUUAUUCCCUGAACAGCAUUAAAACACGAAUCAAUAAAGCUAAAGGUGUUUCUAAGUGCGUUACUAAGAAUCUUACUUUAUCACAAUACAAAGACUCAUUAUUCAACGUCAAAGAUUUAAAAUAUUUAAAAGAGCAACUCGUUAAAUCGGUGGACAAUAUAAAGAAUAAAAUAAAAAUGAUUCAAUGUGAUGAAGAUGAAGCUAAUCUGAAAUACAAAAACGUCUUUAAAUCUAUUACAGAACCUCUAGAAACAUUGCUCAAAAAUAAAAAGUCUAUCCCCACUUUCACCAUGUCAACCAAAAUAGAUGAAACUGGUGGUAGUGAGGACUUGAACUCUUCUACAGAUUAUGAAAAUUUCAAAGACAUAAUCAACGCAGAUUCUAGUGACCAUUCCGAAUAUUAUGAAUAUGCUAACGAUGCCAGUAAACGUUUAUUAAACGAAAGUAAUGGUAACGACACUCUUUUAUCUCUAAAGAAAGAAGACAUGAUGGAUAUGUAUGAACAUUUUAAUGUACCAUUUGGCAUUCAAACCAAAAAUAAAAAGCUUAUGAUGGGAAAUAGUGCUGUUAGUUUAUCUUAUAUACCUGAUGCUUCUCAUGCGGAAAAAAGGUACAUAAUUACCAUCAAUGACAAGAAGUAUGAAUUAACCGCUGGUUUAAAGGAACUUCUAAUGCGUAAUAAACCUGAUCUUACGAUUGUGACCGAAAAAGACAAAAGUGAAUACAAAGAAAUGUUAAUUAACACUAACGCACACAAACGUGAUUUUGACCCGAACGGAAAAUUAAAAGAUUUAGUCAAAAAGUUACCACAAUUAAAAAGCGGAGGAUACUUGCCUGAACUAAAACAAUAUAAAAGUAACACAGAUUAUAUUUAUUGGGAUGAUCCAAAUGAGUUGAUUGAAAGACUGAAACUUUUAAUUGCAUCUAAAAGCGCUGGUAACAACAAUCAUGAAAAUGAAAUUGUAUCAAUUAUUGAAGAAUUAAAGGAAGCCGAUAAAGCUGAAUUACCCGAUAUUGUUAGUAAAGACUAUGUUGAUAAAAUUGUUAAGAAGAAUUCUGACAAUUUAGUACAUAUUGAAAAGUUAAUUUUGAUCUUAGUUGAUCGUAUAAAAGAUAUUGAAAAAGACAUUGCUUUGAAGGGACUCGAAGGAAAAUUGAACAAGCAUUAUGAGCAAAGCCGACGUCGUUAA